AUGGCCGACAAGGACAUCGAGAAGACCGAGGAUGGCCUCAAGCCCACAAAGUCGAUUACCGCCGGGGAGGUCGAGCUCCUCGACGAGUCGGCGGCGUUCCUCCACGAGCACAACAUCAGCGAGGAGUACCUCGCUGAGCUCGUCAACGACAAGGAGAGAAACCGGCGGCUGGUGCGCAAGAUCGACCUGACGAUCCUGCCCCUGCUCGCCGGCACCUACGUGCUGCAGUACAUCGACAAGCAGGCGCUGUCGUACGCGGCCGUUUUCGACCUGUUCCCGACUACGGGCGUCACGCAGACGCAGUACUCGUGGUUCGCGAGCAUCUUCUACCUGGCCUACCUGGUGGCCGAGUACCCGUGGGUCUACGUCGCCCAGAAGACGCGCAUGGGCAAGGUCGUGGCUGGGUGCGUGCUGUCGUGGGGAGCCGUGUUGAUGAUCACGGCGGCAUGCUCCAGCUUUGCCGGCCUCGCCGCGUGCCGGUUCUUCCUCGGCGCUUUCGAGGCGCCCAUCACGACCUGCUUCAUGAUGAUGGUGUCCAUGUGGUACGUCCGCUCGGAGCAACCCUUCCGGGCCGGUCUCUUCUACUGCUGCAACGGCGUGGGUUCCAUGAUCGGCGGCCUCCUCAGCUACGGCAUUGGCCAGAUCGAUGGGUUCCCUGUGUGGAAGGCCGUCUUCCUGCUCUGCGGCGGCAUCACCGUCCUCUGGGGCUGCCUGCUGUUGUAUCUCCUGCCGGACAGCAUCCUGGGCGCCAAGCGGUUCACGCUCGAGGAGAGGGCCCUGCUCGUCGGCCGCGCCCGGCUCGCCAAGACGGGCGUCCUCAACAAGACGAUCAAGCUGUACCAGGUCAAGGAGGCGUUCCUCGACCCCCAGGUCUGGCUACUGUUCCUCUUCGUCCUGCUGAACGAGACCAUCAACGGCGGCUUCGCCAACUUUGGCAAGCUCAUCAUCAAGGGCCUCGUCACGGACCCGCUACUCACGACGGCGCUGGGCAUCCCCCAGGGCGCCUUCCAGGUGUUUUGGAUCCUCGGAGGCACUUACACGGCGUCGCGGUUCCGCAACAUGCGCACGAUCGUCAUGGCCGUGUGGCUGAUCCCCACCAUCGUCGGAUGCGCCAUGGUCUGGAAGCUCGACCGGGCGCACUACAAGGUCGGCGUGCUGAUUGGGUACUACUUCAUCGGCUCCUUCGUCGCAUCGCUGGUGCUCGCGCUGCAUAUGCCGGCGUCCAACGUCGGCGGCUACACGAAGCGCAUCACCGCCUCGGCCAUCGUCUUCACGGCCUACUGCGUCGGCAACAUCAUCGGCCCGCACGCGUUCCUGGCCAAAGAGGCGCCGCUGUACGAGACCGGGUGCAAGGUCAUCCUGGCGUGCGCGGCCGCGCAGAUGGCCGUCGCCAUCUCCCUGCGGAUGCUGCUCAUCCGCCGCAACAAGGCAAGGGACGCGGCGGCCGCGGCGACCGGUCGCGCCCCCGACGCCGAGCACGACGACGACGACGUAGACCUGACGGAUUUGGAGAACCCCAACUUCCGUUACUUGUUGUAG